CUCUGUCUGAGCUAGGCAGCUCAAAGGUUGUGCCACCAUGAGCGGCAUAUCGCUUGGCCGCCAAGAGGCGGCAGGGGGUUCUGAAGCUGCGAUCCGAAACCCAGCAGCUCAAACUGGGGAUGCUUCUAAGCCUGAGGAGCUCACAGAAGCGGGAGCACAGCAGGCGGAGGGGAAAGUGGAGGUAGGGGAAGGAGACAAGCAGAGUGGAGCUGAAAAGGAAGGCUGGAAAAAGGAGUUGGAGAAAGCCGGACUCACUGUACUGAAGGGAGCCCUAGCCCUAGGACUUGCUUUAGGCGCCAUCCCAAUCGCAUGGCGGUGCUUUACUGGGCCACCGCGCACCGCUUGGUUUCCAUUCGACGACACUUUUGAGUCUUGGCCCGACGCACUGAAGGCAUCCUCUAGACUGGCCUCGGGCGGAGCGGUUGCGGUCGGGACUUUAACUGCCACAGUCCUUCUCUUUGACAGUAUGGGGGGAGACAGCUACGCUUCACCGGAAAAUGCAAGUCAGACCAGGAAGCCCAAAUGCAAGAAAUAGGUGUGUGUUCCCGGCGUUGCGAAGAUUCGAGGCUGCGGCGGACACGGUCAACCGUCAGAUUUAGUGAGCCGUUCUUGUUGCCGUCGGAUAGGAGAAGGAGAUCGCUCUACAUGAGGGUCAAGAUUUUCAUCGCAGGUAAAGCGGACCCAGACCUCAGUAUUAAACCGGCUAUAUAAAUCUGCUUUCCUGCUUGGCUCGAAUGUAGCCGAGUCAUGCGGAUCUGCGAGCGACAUCUUUAUCGCCAUGAUUCUAGCAUUGUAACUGGAGUGUCUGUCAACUCACCACCACUUACACAAAAGGCUGGUAGAUGUCCUAGUUUCGUGACGUGUUCCCAGCACAGACGGUUAUCUUCAAACGUACAUCCCGCUAGACGGACUUCCGCAAAUGAAGGCCGAGCAUAAGAUUCGCAAGCAAGACCAUUAUUGAGACGGCUUCGACCAUGGCACACACUCGUGCACCAGUCUGGAAUUUUGGAC